GUGAUUGCUGCCCAUUGAGAUCAGGACUUCGAGGGCUGGCCGGGGCUGGCGCCUGGAGAUGGCGGAUACCCGAUCUGUGCACGAAACCAGGUUCGAGGCGGCCGUGAAGGUGAUUCAGAGCUUGCCGAAAAAUGGCUCAUUCCAGCCAACAAACGAAAUGAUGCUCAAGUUCUACAGCUUCUAUAAACAAGCCACCGAAGGGCCCUGCAAUAUCUCAAGACCCGGAUUCUGGGAUCCUAUUGGGAGAUAUAAAUGGGAUGCUUGGAGUUCCCUGGGUGAUAUGACCAAAGAAGAAGCUAUGAUCGCCUAUGUUGAAGAAAUGAAAAAGAUUCUUGAGACCAUGCCAAUGACGGAGAAAGUUGAAGAAUUACUCCAUGUAAUAGGUCCAUUCUAUGAAAUUGUAGAGGACAAAAAGAGCAGCAGAAGUUCUGAUUUAACCUCAGUCCGACUGGAGAAAGUCACUAAAUAUUUAGAAGAUCUUGGCAAUGUUCUGUCUUCCACUCCAAAGGUCAAAACUGUAAAUGGGAAAGCUGAAAGCAGUGAUAGUGGAGCUGAGUCUGAGGAAGAAGAGGCCCAAGAAGAAGUCAAAGAAGCAAAGCAGAGUAAGAGUGGUAAGAAAGUGAUGCCAGAGCCAAGUGACGAUAAAGAUUUGGAAAUUGUUUUCACUAACGGUUAUGACAAAGACAGCCUUCUUGAAGAUAUACCGAACGAUAUUCAUGCCAGUUCUUCCCUAAAUGCCACAAGCACCGAGGAAGUAAAGAAUGUGGACCCAAACUUGAAACAAACUGGACAAACUCCUCUCUCCAUUCAUCAAGGCACAUAUGAUGAUCAUGUUGAAGAUAUUUCUGGAAUUCAGCAUUUGACAAGUGAUUCAGACAGUGAAGUUUACUGUGACUCUAUGGAGCAAUUUGGACAAGAAGAGUCUUUAGAAAUCCUUUCAUCAAACAAAGGACCAUUUAGAUAUUCAUCUCAUUAUGUGGGAAGUGAUCACAGUCAACUUUUGGAAAAUUCUGGUCUUCCUGAAGAAGUUUGCAUGGCCUCUGGAAAUUCUAGUAUGGAGAUGAUUGCAGUGGAAGGAAAAGGAGAAGUUAAGCAUGGAGGAGAAGAUGGCAGAACCAAUAGUGGAGCACCCCAGAGAGAAAAGCGUGGUGGAGAAAAGGAGGAAUUCUCUAGUGUCAGAAGGGGAAGAGGCCACCGCAUGCAGCAUUUGGGUGACGGGAUUGCCAGCGGCCACCUGGGCAGCGGAGGCGACGGCGAGCGGUGGGGCUCCGACAGAGGAGCGGGGAGCAGCCUCAACGAGCAGAUCGCGGUGGCCCUCAUGCGCCUGCAAGAAGAUAUGAAGAACGUCCUGCAGAGACUGCACACGCUCGAGACGCUCGCUGCCUCCCAGGCAAAAUCAUCAGCUUUGCAGACUGAUAACCCACCUCCCUCAUUGAAACCAUCAUGGUGGCCAUUUGAGAUGUCUCCUUGUGCAUUAACCUUCGCUAUUGUAUGGCCUUUUAUUGCUCAGUGGCUGGUGCACUUAUAUUAUCAAAGAAGGAGAAGGAAACUGAACUGAGUAGGGGAGACGCCGCCUGGGCCUCGAACUGUCCGACCGACCGAAAAGGAGCUGGUGUGCCCCAGCAAUCACAGGCUCCACGACGACCGGACUGCUUUUGUGGCUUCAGCAGCCUUGGGCGGGUGGGGAGGUGUUGGGGUUUUGUUCUUUUAGCACUACUACAAAGAUGAUAUCUUCGAGACUAAUUAUUAUUACUGAUACUUGAACGAUCAUUCUCAGCUAGAUAACAAAUAGCAUACAUAGAAUUAUCCCACCCUUGGAACUGAAGGACAUUAAAUUAUUAAUUAUUGUUUGGUAACAUUUACCCGAUUACCUCCAGUGUAGAAACACGAACUGCUUUUUCAGCACACAGUGAUAAUGA